AUGGGAUUCAUCCAAGAUCUGGUGUCGGUUCUUCAACCCUCAAUCGAGUCGCCCCUGGCUCUCUGCGCGACGACGGUGGUGGCUGCCGUGCUGUACGUGCUGGUGCUAGGGGUGUAUCGCAUUACAUUGCACCCGUUGGCAAAAUUCCCAGGCCCUAAACUCGCUGCUUUUACUCAAUGGUAUGAGACUUACUAUGAGUUCUUCAAAUCUCCGGGUGGACAGUACUUGUUCCACUAUCGGAAAUUGCAUGAGAAGUAUGGCCCAAUUAUUCGCUUAAGCCCAUUCGAAAUCCAUAUCCAGGAUUCUUCCUUUUUUGAGGAGAUGUACUCGCAGUCAUUACCGUGGGAUAAACCGAAAGAACUCGAGCACCGUUUCAACAACGCCAAUGGCUUAUUCCCGACACAUAACCAUGAAGUUCACCGUCACCGUCGUGCAGCUCUUAAUCCGUAUUUUUCCAAGCGUGCAAUCAACAAUGCGGUUCCGAUGAUGCAGGAGCAGAUCACGAAGCUCUGCGACCGACUACGCCGGGAGUACCAAGGAACGGGGAAGAUCUUCCGGCUUGACUGGAUGAUGGGAUGCAUUGCGUCGGACAUCAUUGUCCGCUAUUGUCUUAAUCGCGGCUACAAUUUCUUCGAGGCGCCGGAUUUUAAAUCGCCCUUCAUUCAAGCCUUGUUUGACUUGUUGGAUGGAGUCCAUAUGAUCACACAAUUCCCGUGGAUUGCCACCAUCUUCAAUUCGCUACCGCAGGGUUUGGUUGAGACUCUGCAGCCAGGCUUGAAGUCCGUGAAUAAUUAUAACCAGGAAAUGGCCGAUCAAGUUGCCGAUAUUCUGUCUAAGAAGGAAAAACGGAAUGGCUCGGAGCAGAUGAAUGUUUUCAAUGCAUUGCUCGACUCUGAUCUGCCCCCGGAAGAGCUCACUUUGACCCGCCUACAACAGGAAGCAAUUACAGUGAUCGGAGCAGGCUUCGAUACAACAAGAUAUGCCCUGUCGGUGGCCGGCUUCCACAUUAUAAACACACCGAGCAUCUACCAGCGUCUCCGAGAGGAACUAAAAUCUGCGAUACCAGAUCCCAAUAAUAUGCCGUCAUUAACGGACCUGGAACAGCUUCCUUACUUAACCGCCUGUAUUCAAGAAUGUGUCCGCAUGUCCUAUGGUGUAAGCCAGCGUGCGUUCCGUAUUUCGGACCACAUCACCCUCACAUACAAGAACUAUGUGAUCCCUCCUGGAACCGUAGUCAGCAUGGACAACUAUUCUGUCGCCCACGACGAAGAAAUAUUCCCCGAAUCGUUCACGUUCAGGCCCGAGCGCUGGCUUGGUGACCCCGUUGCCCCCGAUGGAAAGAAGUUGACACGCUACCUUGUGUCCUUCGGUAAAGGUACUCGGUCCUGUCUCGGGAUCAACUUGGCCUAUGCAGAGAUGUACCUCACUCUUGCGAAUGUCUUCCGGAACUUCGACUUUGAGCUGUUUGAGACAGAUCGGUCUUCUGUGGAUUGUUAUCGCGAUAUGUUCUUACCGCACGUAAAGCCUGGUUCGCAAGGCGUGCGUGUGAAGAUCAACUAGAUUAGCGAUGCGUUAGUUCUCG